AUGGUCCGAGCGGUAGGUGUCCGAGCAGGUCAAACGAGGGUCCGAGAAGGUCAGCCGAGGGUCGAGUCAGGUCAGCCGGGGGUCCGAGCAAGGUCAGGGUCGAGAAGGUCAGCCGGGGGCCGAGCAGGUCGGGUCCGAGCAGGGUCGGGGUCCGAGCAGGUCAGGGUCCGCACAGGUCAGGAGUCCGAAACAGUCAGGCUCGUCGCAGGGGGGGCCCCGGGGUGCCGCGGUAUGAACCGGGGCGGCGGGGAAACAAGUUCGGCGACCGGCCGGUGGUGGCCGUUACAGGGCCCACGCAGGCCGGGCAGGCGAGGGGUCCGAGCCAGGUCAGAGCCACGCGAGGGUCCGGGCAGGUCGAGUGUCCGAGCAGGUCAAGAGGUCCGAGAAGGUCAGCGCGAGGGUCCGAGCAGGUCAGCCGGGGGUCCGAGCAGGUCAGGGUCCGAGGCAGGUCAGCCGGGGGUCCGAGCAGGUCAGGGUGCCGAAGCAGGUCGGGGUACGAGCAGGUCAGGCGGUCCGCAACAGGUCAGGAGUCCGAACAGGUCAGGCUCGUCGCAGAGCGGGGCCCGCGGGGUGCCGCGGUAUGAACCGGCGGGGGCGGCGGGGAACAAGUUCGGCGACCGGCCGGGCUGGUGGCCGUACAGGGCCCACGCAGGCCGGGCAGGCGAGGGUCCCAGUAGGCAGGGUCGACAGGCAGCGAGUGUCCGAGCAGGUCAAACGAGGGUCCGAGAAGGUCAGCCGAGGGUCCGAGCAGGUCAGCCGGGGGUCCGAGCAGGUUUCAGCGUCCGAAAGACAGGUCAGCCGGGGGUCCGACUGCAGGUCAGGGUCCGGCAGGUCGGGGUCCGAGCAGGUCAGGGGUUCGCACAGGUCAGGAGUCGAACAGGUCAGGCUCGUCGCAGGCGGGCCGCGGGGUGA